GGGCCGGCGGGCCGGGCGGGCGGCCGCGCCCUGCGGGUGCUGGUGGACAUGGACGGCGUGCUGGCCGACUUCGAGGGCGGCUUCCUCCGAAAGUACCGCGCGCGCUUCCCCGACCAGCCCUUCAUCGCGCUGGAGGACCGGCGCGGCUUCUGGGUGUCGGAGCAGUACGGCCGCCUGCAGCCCGGGCUGAGCGAGAAGGCCAUCAGCAUAUGGGAGUCAGAGAAUUUCUUUUUUGACCUUGAACCUCUCCCGGGGGCUGUGGAAGCUGUGAAGCAGAUGGCCAACCUAGAAAACACUGACGUCUUCAUCUGCACGAGCCCCAUCCGGAUGUACAAGUACUGUCCCUAUGAGAAGUAUGCCUGGGUGGAGAAGCACUUCGGCCCUGACUUUCUGGAGCAGAUUGUGCUGACCAGAGACAAGACUGUGGUCUCUGCCGACCUUCUCAUAGACGACCGGCCGGACAUCACAGGGGCCGAGCCGAAGCCCAGCUGGGAGCACGUCCUCUUCACGGCCUGCCACAACCGGCAUGUGCAGCUGCAGCCCCCCAGCCGCAGGCUGCUCUCGUGGGCGGACGACUGGAAGGCCAUUCUGGACAGCAAGCGGUCCCGCUGAGCUCGACUGUGCUCCGGGCUCCUCUGCAGGGCCCUGACCUCAGGGCUCCCAGCUCAGGGCCUGGGGGCUCCCUCGCAGCCACCCCCGGCCCACUGCAUGGCUCUUCCCUUCCCCAGCCCUGCCAGGCCUUAACUGAUCUCGGGCAGGGCUGGCCCACAGGCCUGGGCAGGAAGCGUGCAGCCAGGCAGUGCAGGCCAGGCUGCCUGGGGCAGGGCCUCCAGACGGACAGGAGCCGAGGACAUUAUUCAGAGGGCCAGUGGUCCUCCCCCCUCAGGGAAGUCCCCUCUUCCCAGGCCCCGUGACCCAUCAGCAAGGGGUGCCGGGGUGAGAUGGCUGGGGUGUUCCUGGCUGCGGGCGACAAGCAGGAGCAGGGGGCGGUGACCCCUCACUCCCUGCCCUCCAGUCCUGUGUCCCGCAGUGACCCGCCAUGGACUCAGCAAACACACUCCGAGUUUAGGGCACGCCGGGCUCUGUGUUGGGGACGCACAGGAGGCCCUGCCUUUGACCAGCUCAGGGGUUUCUUGUGCUGUGUCCCUGGGGCCCCGCUCAGGGCCCAGCAGAGGGUCAGCUGGCUUGAAUGUUUGUUGAAGGCAUGAAAAAAUAAAGGCUGUUCACAUGUUG